AUGCCAAAUGCAUUUCGCGUGCUCUGUGUAGUGUGGUACAUCAUUGUGAUUAUCCACUGGAAUGCCUGCUUCUACUUCUGGAUAUCGGAGAUGAUAGGGUUAGGAUCAGAUGGUUGGGUAUAUGGUCCACUGAAUAAGCAGAGCUUGCCGGAGAAUGUGAGGGACACAUUACUUCGUCGCUACAUAUACAGCUUUUAUUGGUCAACUUUGAUCUUGACCACAAUCGGAGAGGUACCUGGACCUGUACAGAAUAUAGAAUACCUAUUUGUGACGCUCGAUUUGAUGUGUGGUGUGCUCAUCUUCGCUACUAUCGUCGGUAAUGUCGGAAGUAUGAUUUCUAACAUGAGCGCCGCUCGAACAGAGUUCCAAAACAAAAUGGAUGGCAUCAAGCAAUAUAUGGAACUGCGAAGAGUCAGCAAGCAGGCAAGAUUGCGUAAACCUCUCGUCAAUGUUAUGCAGCUAUUUUUUGUCCAUUUUAGUUGGAAAUGA